AUGACUGUUAUUGCUUGGAAAGAUAGAAUUAAAGAUAAUACUUGCAUUCCUAGUCAACUUAGAGUUAACAGAGAUAGAGUUAACCCUUUUGUAAACAGGCAAAAAUCAAUGACCGAUUAUUUCGACUCUCUACCAACAAUGGAAUCUCAUUACUGUCGGGCUUCAUCUUCCAAAAAAUAUCUGCAAACUGAUUGGAAAACAAAAAUGGAUUUAUAUAAGUUUUACGUAUCUGACUGGUGCAAAUCGCACCUCACACAACCGCUAUCUAAAACUACUUUCUGUGAGUUUAUGUCAUCGAGAAAUCUUUGUCUGUUUAGACCCAAAAAGGACGAAUGUGAAAUAUGUGCAAGAUAUAAGGCUGGGACAAUGGAAGAACAUGAUUAUCAAUUACAUGUAUUGAAAAAAGAAGAAGCUAGGAAAGAAAAACAAACAGAUAAAGCGAAUAAUAGUCUUGUAUUCACAGUAGAUCUUCAAGCAGUUUUAAUGGCACCUAAGUCAAAUGUCAGCACAUUGUACUACAAAACAAAGCUUCAAGUGCAUAAUCUGUGCUUUUAUAAUAAUAUCAGCAAAGAUGGCUAUUGUUUUGUAUGGAAUGAAACGGAAGGGGGGCUUAAUGCAGAUGAGUUUGCUUCUAUUUGGACAUAUUUUAUUGAGAAAAAGAUUCUACCUAAAGUGGAAAACAAAACAGAUAUACGUAUUAUUAUUUAUUCGGAUGGCUGUGGUUAUCAAAAUCGCAAUGUGACUAUGUCAAAUGCGCUAUUAAAUAUGGCAGUUAAAAACAAAAUAACCAUCGAGCAGAAAUAUUUAGAAGUCGGCCAUACACAAAUGGAAGUGGAUGCUAUGCAUUCUUUAAUAGAACGGAGAAUGCGUAAUAGAAUCAUAAAUGUUCCUGCGGACUAUGUUCAAAUUAUUGAGUCUGCGCGCAAUAAUCCAUUUGAUGUCAAGUAUUUGGAACAUACUUUUUUCAAAGAUUUCCGUAAUAUUUCGAGCUACAAAAGCAUUCGCCCUGGACGAUCAUCGGGAGACCCUAAAGUCACCGAUAUUCGCGCACUCAUGUAUUCUUCAUCAGGAGAAAUUUCAUAUAAGUUGCGGUUUGAAGAGCCAUGGAUGCUGCUGCCCCAAAGAAAAAGCCCUUUUUCAGCAAAAAGUUUUGAGGAAAUGCAAAAUUUGCACCAAACUAGACUGAAAAUUAAAGCUCGAAAAUAUGAUGACCUUCAACAAAUUAAAGAAGUCCUGCCAGCAGAUUUCAGAGAAUUUUACAACAAUUUACCGCAUGAUUAA